AGCCCUGAAAUCCAAGCCUCACCCUCCAUUUUUCCGUUCUCCAUUUUCCACAGAAAAAUACAAAUGGAAAACAACUCCAUUCUCUAAAGCAACUCACUGUUUGGAUUCUCCUCUUCUUUUCUUCUUCUUCACUAUUUUCUGUAGAAAUGGCGGCAGUUACUUCGGUAUCGUUCUCGGCGAUUGCUCAAUCCGCCGAAAGGAAAUCCUCCGUUUCUCCGUCCCGUUCUGUUGAUACAUUUAGGUUCCGUUCCAACCUCUCCUUUGACUGUUUCAAUGUUCGAUCUUCAAAUUCCAGUUUCAGUUCGAAUUCUUCCACCUCUCGCUUUGUCGUUCAUUGCAUGUCCACAGAUUUGCCAACUGUGGCCGAGACUAAAAUGAAUUUCUUGAAGGCUUAUAAGCGUCCAAUUCCAACUGUCUACAACACAGUGUUACAAGAGCUAAUUGUGCAACAACAUUUGAUAAAGUACAAGAAAUCCUACCGAUAUGAUCCCGUGUUUGCGCUUGGUUUCGUCACUGUAUAUGAUCAACUUAUGGAAGGCUACCCAAGUGAAGAGGAUCGUGAUGCCAUCUUCAAAGCAUAUAUAGAGGCGCUCAAUGAGGAUCCUGUGCAAUACAGAGCUGAUGCACAAAAAUUUGAAGAAUGGGCUCGUACUCAAAAUGCCAAUACACUAGUUGACUUCUCAUCCAGAGAUGGAGAAGUUGAAAACAUUCUGAAAGAUAUUGCACAGCGAGCUGGAACCAAGGAUAGUUUCUGCUACAGUCGACUGUUUGCGGUUGGUCUCUUUCGCCUACUUGAGUUGGCAAAUGUAACUGAUCCGACCAUCUUAGAAAAGCUUUGUGCUUCACUGAAUAUAAACAAGAAAAGUGUGGAUAGGGACCUUGAUGUUUAUCGCAAUUUGCUCUCCAAGCUGGUUCAGGCUAAAGAGCUGUUGAAGGAAUAUGUGGAAAGGGAGAAGAAAAAAAGAGGAGAAAGGGAAUCUCAGAAGGCCAAUGAGGCUGUCACAAAAUGCUUGGGAGAUUACCAAUAUGCUGGGAGGUAAGGCAAAGAUCAUUUCGUUCUCCUGCUUGGACCUCAUUGACUUGUUUCCCUAAUAAAACAGUCCAUGUAUGAUAGAGUUCAGUCUCCAAAGCUCAGGCAAGUUAUAUUAGAAAAUCGAAGUCACGUUCAAUGUUUUGUUAUUACAGCAAUUGAAGUAUAUCCCAAUGUUCAUUAUUUUCUGGUUAAACAGAAUAGCUUUAUUGUUGCAACUAUCUCUAUUAUAUUUGUAGAUAAAACCUCGAGUAGUGACAAAAAUCAAGAUUUGCUCAGCA